UUAAUUUUUUAUAUAAAAAGAUAUUUGCUGCUUCAAUUUCUUCAUUUUUAUCAAAAUUAUUGGGGUUCUUGUUGUUUCCCCUAUAAAUUCUUUGCCUCGUGCGCCUUUGGAUUUCAGUUUCUUCUACUUUCUUGAGCCUCCUUGUACUGUUUCUUUGAGUUUGGGUUCCAUUUCUGCAGCUUUUAUCGGAGUUUAUUGGUACGAAUACAUUCUGUUUCUACUGAUACAAAAAUGGUGAUGAAAACGAAAGGGUUGAUUGAGGGCAUUUUCCCAGAUGAGCUAAAGAAAAUUCUUCGGUCUGUUGCAUCUGAGUGGGGAGAUGUGGUGGAUGAUAUGGAUUCUUUGGAGGUUGUACCGUUGAAGGGAGCUAUGACUAAUGAGGUUUUCCAGAUAAACUGGCCAACAAAGAGGGGUGAUGUUAUUAGAAAAUUAUUGAUUCGGAUUUAUGGUGAAGGUGUUGAAGUUUUUUUCAAAAGGGAUGAAGAGAUUAGGACGUUUGAGUGCAUGUCAAAGCAUGGACAAGGGCCUAAGCUUCUUGGUCGGUUUGAAGAUGGCAGGGUUGAAGAGUUUAUUCAUGCUAGGACACUAUCAGCUGCUGACCUUCGAGAUCCUGAAAUCUCUGCUCUUGUAGCAGCAAAGAUGAGAGAGUUCCAUGAUCUUGAUAUGCCUGGUCCAAGGAGUGUACUCCUGUGGAGCAGAAUGAGGGAUUGGCUGGCUGAGGCCAAAAGUUUGUGUACUGCUAAAGAUGCAAAGAAAUUUCAUCUGGAUAAUCUUGACGAGGAAAUCAGAAUGCUAGAAAAGUGGCUGUCACUAGACUAUCAGGAUAUUGGGUUUUGUCACAAUGACCUGCAAUACGGUAACAUAAUGAUGGAUGAAGAGACGAGAUCAAUCACCAUAAUUGAUUAUGAGUACGCAAGUUACAAUCCUGUUGCCUAUGAUAUUGCAAAUCACUUCUGUGAAAUGGUAGCAGAUUAUCAUUCUGAGACGCCACACGUUUUGGACUAUAGCAAAUACCCAGAUUUGGAGGAGCGUUACAGAUUUGUACACACGUAUCUAAGCUCAUCAGGCAGUGAACCUAGAAAAGACGAAGUGGAACGGCUAGUGGAUGAUGCAGAAAAGUACACUCUUGCAAACCAUAUCUUCUGGGGCUUAUGGGGAAUAAUCUCAGGUUAUGUGAACAAACUUGAUUUUGAUUACUUGGAGUAUGCAAGGCAGAGGUUUGAGCAGUACUGGUUGAGAAGGACUCAGCUGUUGGAAUCCUAUGUUGCUCAUGCAAAUGGUUAUGUUGAAGAUGCUACAUGAUGGAUUCAACAUGUUGUAACUUUGUAAUUGCAGACUUCGCUUUUGAACUCACAUAAAGUCCUCUAUAGAAAUCAGUCUGUAAUAUAUUGGAUAACUGUUUGUUUACUUUACCAUAUUAGGGUUUUUUUUUUUUUUUUUUACUGUUCA